CUGCUGAGGAGAGUCCGAGUAGAGCGUGGAGGCAUCCCAGCUCCAGUACGGGAUAAACCAUCCGGCCAUCCAGACCGGCUCCAACACUCGAGGAAAAUGAUGAUGGUGAUGCAGUCAGGCCUAGAUGACAUGACGAAGCAGAGGAUGUUGCAGGCUAAGGCUCUGUGUAAGGAGGCCAGGGGAGAGGGUGUGAACAUCGGGAAGAAGAGCAGCGUUCCAAAGGAUGUGAUGUUGGAGGAGCUCAACCUUCCGUCUAAUCGAGGCUCUCGCAUGUUUCAGGAGAGACAGAAGAGGGUCGAGAGGUUCACCCUGGAGAACAUUGCUAAUGAUGCCUACAACACCAACACGGUCCACCCUGAGGCCGCUCCUCCCCCGCAGAUCUUCACUGAGACACAGGGAGGAAAAGAGAACCGGGCGUUCUCCAUCCCUAGUAAGCACAGCCUGGUGAUGAACCUCCAGAAGACUGUAGCAAAGAAGGGCAGCCCAGACGUCCUCGCUCCAGGAUAUUCUGGCCCCCUGAAGGAAAUUCCUCGUGAAAGGUUCAACACAACAGUCAUCCCCAAAUCCUACAGCUCCCCGUGGAGCAAAGCUCUGGGAGACGACACAGAGCUCCUGGAAGCCCUCAAUAGCCAGUUGCCUCAGCUCCCACAAAGACAACAGCCUUCCAGCCGGUGCUUCAACAGAUCUGCCAUGCCAUUCGCUGGCGCUAUGGCCAGCGAGCGGGUGAUCCCAGUGAUUGGCUUUGAGGCGAUGGAAUCCCAAAACUUGCCCGGCAUCGCUCUAGACCGCAUGUGUCGACGGCCCAACUUCAACAGAGCACCCAGGGGAUGGGGUAUUGAUUACAACCCUGAAUCUAAUGAACUAUGA